CCAGUCGGUUCCCGGGCCCAAAUUAUUCUAUUGCACGUCUGAGAACUUGAAGUGGGAUCACAGGACUCCCAGGACUCACGGGAGCGUGGAGGCGCAGUUCAGGGAGGUUCCGCUGGUCAGUAUCGCCUCCAGGCCAUUUCGCGAGCAGCCGCGAAUGGGAUUUUUCUGGCCUACGUGCCAGGCGUCCCUGAGACACCCUUGAAGCUCCCGCUGCUUCGUUCUUGCCGCCCAGCCCCCUGCGGUCGCCACGUUGAGGCCGGUGCCCAGUGCUUGCUGAUCAAGCCUUUUCUAUUUAUCGUUUGACAAGCCACCGCUCUCCCCGCCCCCCCGACGAAAGGUAGAGGAGAAAUAGGUCAACUAGUAGUUGGCGACCGAAGUGACCUCCCUUGUUUAAACGAAGUAUACACAGCGAGCUUUUUGCAGAGAACCUGGAAGAGAAGGCCCAGGGUGCGGGUCGUGGAGCAUCCAGCCCAGCCUCCCACUGUUUCCUGUGGGUCGUGUCCGAGGCUGGCAGGGUUAGGAACCUCAGAGCAGAUACGGUGCACUCAUCUUUUGCUACGGGCCCAAGACAAUAUGAUGGAACAUUCUAUGAAUUUUGUACUUAUUACUUUAAGCCCUCAAAGAUGAAUGAGUUUCUGGAAAACCUUAAGAAAAACAUACAUCUUCGGACAGCUCACUCUGAAUUGGUUGGAUCCUGGAGUGUAGAAUUUGGAGGCAAAAUGAAUAAAGUGUUUCAUAUUUGGAAGUAUGAUAAUUUUGCUCACCGAACUGAAGUUCGGAAAGCCCUGGCCAAAAAUAAAGAUUGGCAACAAUUUCUCAUUCCAAAUCUGGCUCUCAUAGAUGAACAAGAGUUUGAGAUUACUUACCUGGUGCCAUGGUGCAAAUUAGAAAAGCCUGCAAAAGAAGGAGUCUAUGAGCUGGUUAUUUUUCAGAUGAAACCAGGUGGGCCAGCUCUGUGGGGUGACGCAUUUAGAAGGGCACUUAACGCCCAUGUGGAUCUAGGCUACUCAAAACUAGUCGGAGUUUUCCACACUGAAUAUGGAGCACUCAACAGAGUUCAUGUUCUUUGGUGGAAUGAGAGUGCAGACAGUCGUGCAGCUGGGAGACAUCAGUCUCAUGAGGAUCCCAGAGUUGUGGCAGCUGUUCGGGAGAGUGUCAAUUACCUCGUGUCUCAACAGAAUAUGCUUCUGCUUCCUACGUCAUUUUCACCUUUGAAAUAGUUUUCCACUGAAAGACAAAGCUUUGCAUUAACUGCUAUAAGGUGUGUCUGCUAAUGGUGCUUAAAUUCUCCCAAGAGAUUCUUUUAUUUGGAAGAUGGUAAGUGAAUUUGCUAGGUCUCUGCACUUUUAAAGCCACCUCUACCUCCUUCAUCUUUUCCUUUCCACUUCAGGAAACAGUUCUGUUCAUUUUCCCCUUGGCAUUUCUGUGUCUGUUACACAUUAGAAAUACUUGCCACUACUUGAGGAUUUUGAUUUUUCAUUUGUUUCGGAAUAUCCCUUGUAAUCUAUUUUGACAACCAGACUCUGCUUUUAUAGCACUUUCUUAAAUUCAAGUGAUGGAGGGUGGGAGGGAGGGGGAGGGUAGGUGAUGGGUAUUGAGGAGGGCACCUGUUGGGAUGAGCACUGGGUAUUGUAUGGAAACCAAUUUGACAAUAAAUUUCAUAUUAAAAAUAAAAUAAAAUAAAAGUUACUUUGAAAAAAAAAAAAGUCACCCACAUAAUCCCAUCUAAAAAAAAAUUCAAGUGAUGAUUUUACAUUUCUGUGGCUGAUAUUUUUAAAUUAUUUGUAUAUAAUAUCUUUUUAUCAUGUCUGUUUUUUUGAACUUUAAAAUCUUUUUUGCCCAGUAGUGUUUAUUUUGUGAUCACAUGGGAUUCCUAAGAAUCUAAGGUCAAACAUGUUUCGUUACUUUGACCAAGUAAUGUCACUAUGUCAUUUUUAUUAAUUACAGUUUUCACAUUAAUUAUGAGUCACUCUAACUUGGAAUAUAAUGUAAUUAGGUCUCAGUGUUAGAAAACUUCAGAAGACUUAUUUUAUGUGCCGAAAUGUGUUCAUUUAUAGUUAAUUUUUGUUCAUUUUGGAUAACUAAGAUAGUUGGAACAGUUCUGUUUUAAAGAGAUCUUUAUGGUUAUGGGAAUGGUUGCCUGAAUAAAAGCCUACAUAUCCAU